AUGGCUGUCCGUAGCGGGGCGCCGCACCAUGCUGGUGCGCCAAGGCACGGCGCCAUCGACGAGGCGCUCAAGCGCCUGGCAGUGGAGCAGCUGGAGGCGCAGCCCGAGGUGUUCGCCUCAGGCGAGGGUGUCCUGGACUCCAUUGUGAAGAUCUACUGCGUGUACUCGCGGUCAGACUGGCUGCUGCCCUGGCAGGCUCACCCCAAGCGGGAGGGCACAGGCACCGGAUUUGUCAUCCGUGACCGCCUCAUCCUGACCAACGCCCACGUGGUGGCUGACCAGACCUACAUCACGGUCAAGCGCCACGGCUCCGGGACAAAGUACCGCGCAGACGUGGUGGCCGUGGGCCACGCGGUGGACCUGGCCCUGCUGACCGUGAGCGACGACAGCUUCUGGGUGGAGCCCACGCCCAUGCUGCCCCUGGCCAUGGGGGACGUCCCAACACUGCAGGAGAAUGUGCUGGUGAUUGGCUACCCAACAGGCGGUGACAACACCAGCGUCACCAGUGGCGUGGUGUCGCGUGUCGAGGUGACGCAGUACGUGCACGCCGCCAGCCACCUCAUGGCGAUACAGAUUGACGCCGCCAUCAACCCCGGGAACAGUGGCGGCCCGGCCCUUCGCGGCGCAGGUGGCGGCAACGUGGUGGUGGGCGUGGCCUUCCAGAACCUGCCCAGCGCGGACUCCAUUGGAUACAUCAUUCCCAUCGUGAGGGCGCGGGAUGGAUGUCGGGGCCGCGCAGAUGCAGCAGCUACUCCUGGCUGCAAAGAGGCGGCCCGCCUGCAACAUCUUUAA